GUGGCGAUGAUGGUACAGCCAGCAGGAGAGCGCUGUUUUAAUUUCACUCAGUUCUUCCGUUUACCAUCAAAUAAGCCACCUUUGGUUAUUGGAGACAAGUAGGCGGGGGUUAAAAUACAUCCCCGAGUUACUUGUUUUAACAGACGGUAACUGCGUUUCUCCGAUGUCGGCCUCUUCUCCGCCGACUCCUCCAGCGGACUCCAGCCCCGGACUGGGGAUGUUUCCGGGCGGCUACCGCCAGUUCGACCCCGAGGAUCACGGCCUGGAACCCGGCUUCAGGCUCACGGCCUUCUCGGACCUGAAGGGAUGAGGCUGCAAGGUCCCUCAGGAGGCCCUGCUCAAACUCCUGGAGGGACUGGAGCCGGACCGGCCGCCGGGCGGCGACGGGGAGGACAGCGCUGCCGCGGAGUACCAGCAGCUGGGGGCCGUACUGCAGGGCCCUCGCCUGGGGAUCGGGAUGGACUGCUCGGUGACCCCAUUGCGACAUGGGGGGCUCUCGCUGGUGCAGACCACUGACUUCUUUUACCCCCUGGUGGAGGAUCCCUACAUGAUGGGCCGGAUCGCUUGUGCCAACGUGCUGAGUGACCUGUACGCCAUGGGGAUCACCGAGUGCGACAACAUGCUGAUGCUCCUGAGCGUUAGCCAGAGGAUGAGUGAGAAGGAGCGGGAGCGGGUCAUGCCCCUGAUGGUGCGAGGUUUCCGGGACGCGGCGGAGGAGGGAGGCACCUCUGUGACAGGGGGGCAGACGGUGAUAAACCCCUGGAUCAUCAUUGGGGGAGUGGCUACAGUGGUGUGUCAACCCAACGACUUCAUCAUGCCGGACAAUGCUGUACCGGGAGAUGUGCUGGUGCUGACCAAGCCCCUAGGGACUCAGGUGGCAGUGAAUGCCCACCAGUGGCUGGACAUGCCGGACAAGUGGAAUAAGAUCAAGCUUGUGGUUUCAAAAGAAGAGGUGGAGAUGGCAUACCAGGAGGCCAUGUUCAAUAUGGCUAUGCUCAACAGGACAGCGGCAGGACUCAUGCACACCUUCAACGCCCACGCAGCUACAGACAUCACAGGGUUCGGUAUCCUCGGUCACGCCCAGAACCUGGCCAGGCGCCAACACAAUGAGGUGGCCUUUGUCAUCCACAACCUGCCCAUCAUUGCCAAGAUGGCUGCUGUCAGCAAGGCCUGUGGCGUCCUGUUCGGGUUAUUGCAGGGCACAUCUGCAGAGACCUCUGGGGGUCUGCUGAUCUGUCUGCCUCGGGAACAAGCUGCACGGUUUUGUGCUGAAAUCAAGUCUCCCCGCUACGGCGAGGGCCAUCAGGCCUGGAUCAUUGGCAUCGUGGAGAAGGGUAACCGUAGUGCCCGCAUCAUCGACAAGCCGCGCAUCAUCGAGGUGGCACCCAGGGGGGCAGCUUGUUCCCAGGACAGCAAUACUAAUCCCAGCCCUGAAAUCCAGCCACCCCUGUCCUGAGAACAGCUCUGAAAACCUUCUCCCUCCCUCCUCCUCCCUUUCUUCGGCCUGCCUCUCUCCCCAUCACUCCUGCACUCAUUACUGCUACCGCUGUGUCUUUUCCUUGCAUCGCAAGAACACUGCAGCACCGCUGCCCUCUCUUCUCAUUGACAGCCGAUUGUGUCCUCGUGGCCUUACUGUGCAGCAGCCCUCUUCCGGACUGGCUUUCGAACCUGAGGCCUUUCCUUUUCUGAAUGUGUACAUGCACGUUAAUGUUUCUUUUUUCUAGUUUGAGAUGUAAUAACGGAUAAUUCCCUUUUCAACUCCUAUACAUCUGUGUGCUGUGCUUUUACGACUGUGCAGAUUGUGGGUGACUACAGUGGUUUUUUUUUAAAAAGUGAAUGAAGCUGUCAUUGCCUCCCAGCUCUGUGAGCAUUGAACAGGUGUACACUUAUCUCCCUCUUUUUUUAUGCCUGAAGGCUCAAGUGUCCACUCUGCUUCCCUAUUCAGCCGUUAGGUUGAGAGCAACAGACCAAAAAUAUUUUUUUUUAACUGGUGGGAGGGAGGGUGAACUCAAGGCUUUCUCCCUAGUCAUUGUGUCUUUCUGACCAAACCUUACUGCACUGUGCUGUGCUGGGGUUGGUGAAAUCAGAUUAAUCUGUUGUUGACUAAUUGGGAAUUGGUCUAAAUAAAUAAAAACAAAAACAUCAUCCCACCUAAUACUGGGUUCAGAAUUGAUUUUUAGCAGGUAGGUGGAAGUUUUGCUUUAAUGUGGACUCAGACCAGGGUUCUUAAAUUUGAUAACAUGGUAGACCUCUAAUGACUUCUGAACUGUUAGUACUUCUUGACAUACCUGAACAUGUUGUUCGGGUAUGUUAUUUAGAAUUAAUGGAUUUAUUUACACCUGUUUAAUGCUUUCAUCUUUUGCUUAUCUGUUAGAAUCCUUUCAAUUCUUUGUGAUUCAGUUGUUUUCAAAAAUAAGCAUUCAUUAAGGCAAUUUUAAAUAAGUUAUAAAAGUCAAUUCAAGAGAUAAAACAUAUGUCCUUUUCUUGGAAGUUGCUUGACCACGUUGACCUUGACCUGAAAGUCUUUUCAGACAGCAAGCAAGCACUAGCGAAAGCGAAAUUCUUUGUUACAAUCUAGUGCUAAACAGAUUGGUACUUGUUUAUUGAAAAUGUAUGUUUUUCUAAGAGGUUGUAAAAUUGAUUGCUUCUACUCUAGAAAUGUAAAGGCUAUGACAGGGUAAGGGUACUUUCAGGAAGAGCAGUUCCAUUUUGCCUCUUAAUUGGCAGGAGCAUGUUCAAAAUGAACUUUUCAGUAUGCAAACGGCUGGAAAAUGAUCAGAUCAUUAAAUUGGAUCCUGAUAAGUUAAUGGUAAUUUAUAUUGAUUGGCUCAUGUGGUCCUGUUGAGUACAUUACAAUGAUGAAAUGCAAAAUAGAAUAUAUCUUAAAUGUUUACAGGUUAGUAUGUGUUUAAGUUGCUAAAGUCCAAUCUGUAAAGCAUGCUUCCAACAAGGACUGGAGAUGACAACUAAUUGGGUCCAAAGAGGCUUUCUGGCCAGGGCAUGUCUGUUCAACAUGCACAAUGUAGCCUUUCGGCUUGGUCUAGGGGGAGAAAUGUGGCAAGAGCUUUGAACCGAAAGGUUUGCCAAUAAAUGUUGCCCUUUAGAAAGUGAAACCUGUCUGUAGAGUUGCAUAGUCAGAGUGCAGUGCUCACUGCAGGGCUGAGAAGAAGUAGCCUGUUGCCACACUGUGUACCCUCAUCUAUGCUUGCUGCAGGUAUCUCCUUAACGGUUCUUGCAUUUAAGUUAAUUCAAUAGUCAAAUUGGCAAAGAAACAGUUUAUACAAUAAUCCUGCAUUGGGGUAGAUGAGAGGUGGUAUCCGAGUCUUGUUCAAUCAUGGUAAGUCACUGUGGUGCAGGAUUGUUUGAAAAGUAGAGCUGUGUGUUCGUCAGGAAUCCCACUGCUUAGUUUUCUGUUGGUUUAUAUUAUGGUACAAGUGGCUUUACUAUUUUACUAGUGAUUGCUAAACACAAUAAUGCCAUGGAGUGAGAUUUCAGGCUAAGAAUCAUUUGAAGUGCUUUAGAAUUUUUCUUCGGGGAUUUGUUCAAUUUGUAACCCUUGGUAGUUUGAAUGAAGCUUUAAUUCUUCCAUAUCAAGCACAUUAAAAGAAGAUUGUACAUUUUUCAGAUGUUUUUUGCUAGCCUGUAUAUCAAAUUAUUUGUAGCUGUGUUUGGGUGCUCCCUGUAUACACCCGUGCUGUUCUGCUGUCCAGUAAUAUAUAUAUAUACAGGUGGCUCCCUACCCCCUUGUCUCAGAUCGAGGCUUGAGCAGCUCUUUCUGAAACAGGUGGUUCGGCCCAGCUGAAACCAAGGCUGCUGAUUGGCUGAGUCGAAGGUCAGCUGUCUUGCUCUUUGCCAAUGAAGCCCUGCCUCCUAAACCCCAUUGAGUGGGACAGGUAGAGCUGAUAUGCCAAACAAAGGGAAGGCACUGACUCACAGAGCCAAUCCGCUACCUUCUUUCGCUUUUGUAAUUCACCAAAUCCAUGAUCUGAAAAAAAUAAAAUGUAGUUUCUUUAAGAAACA